GGUCGUUUGCAUCUAGAUUUUUCGCAGCCGAGCUUCUCAUUUGAGCGUAAGAAGACAGAUUUCUAUGACCAAAUAAUGGUACUUUAGAAGUCUAAAAGCUUAAUUCCAAGUCCUGAGUUUUUGAUAUCAUAUGUACUAAGUCUUUUUAGUUGGGUGAUGUGACAUUGGAGUUUGGCUCAAUGCGAGUGAAGGAAGGAGCAACAGGUCCUGCCGAAAUGGGUAAGAAGCGCAACAGAACGAAGCAGACGGACUACCACAAUACAUCUGAUGAAGAAACUGUUAAAGGUAAAGAAUGCACUCAUCUGGAUAAGUCUGUCAGCUUGAACAAUGUGAAGAAGGGUCUCAAGAAUUAUGGCUUUGGACAGUGUUCAUUGUGUGCUGGUGAUAAGGGCAGUGGAGGCAGUGUCAAGAAAGAUAGUUCUAUUGAUGACGUAGAUGGUGAGGUGUUUGAGCCCGUCAUCUGGCUUUGUUUAGCCUGUGGAAGUCAGGGAUGUUGUCGUAGUAGUCCUGCUCAGCACGCCUUGAAGCAUUUUGAAACGGCCAGGUCCAACUCACAUCCCCUAGCUGUCUGCCUGGCAAACUGGAAUGUGUGGUGUUACAAGUGUGAUGAUGCAAUCAGUCCUUCAGAGAGUAAGAAACUAGGAGAGUGCAUGGAUUGGAUCAAGAAACAGGCUUUCCAGCAGAAACCUGCAGAAAAAUCAGCCAGUAAAAAGAAGAGCAGAGAAGCAGACGUUGAUGAGAGUCAUGUCAGAACAUCUUCAUCUCCGAUACGAUCGCCUCUCCUUACCAGGGAGGGAUCACUACCUAAAGUUAGGGGGCUUAGCAACCUUGGCAAUACAUGCUUCUUCAAUGCUGUUAUGCAGAAUCUGAUUCAAACCCAUGUCUUGAGGGACCUCCUGCAUGAGAAGUGGUCAACAGGGAAACAGCUGGACGUCCCCCUGGAUACGCAUCUCUCCGUCUCCACCAACCAAAAUGGUAUCGGUAAAGAUGCAGAGAAAGAGCCCCUGGUACCCAUCACCAUAACCAUAGCAUCGAUGCAGCCGUUGACCUCAUCGUUGAUUGAGUUCCUAGAUGAGAUGCAUAAACCAACCAAGUCAACUACCAUCAAUCCAAGGGCUCUCUUCAAUCAAGUUUGCAAUAAAGCAUCAAGGUUCAAAGGUUACCAGCAGCAGGAUAGCCAUGAGCUAUUGAGAUAUCUACUGGAUGGAAUGAAAGCUGAAGAGAUCAAGCGUAUGCAACAAGGAUUGAUAUCAACAUUUGAUGUAAAGAAAGUCAAGGCAAAGAACUUUGAUGAGGCAACCAAGAAAAAAAUUAAAGAGUAUGGGAGCCACAGUAAACAUACCUUUGUUGAUACAGUGUUUGGAGGACAUCUCAUCAGCUCGGUCAAGUGCAACGAAUGUUUAAAUAUCUCUGAAAUCCUAGAACCUUUCCUAGACCUGUCUUUGCCCAUCACAGAAGCCAAGGGAAGCAAAAGAAACCUGUCAAGCAGUAAGAGCCUUGACAGACCAUCAACAAAUGACCAGCAAUCGUCCAAUGAUGGCGACAAACAGACUCUAGCUGCGACAGCUGCAGCAGCCUCAGCAACUGAGGAGACGAAACCUCUUAGCAAACAUCAGAUCACCAAACAAAAGGAGAAAGCCAGGAAGGAAACGAGGAGGAAAACCAGGAGAAGUAGAACCAACUCCCAAUCAGAGGACCCUGUAGAAGAAAAGAAGGAUUCCCCCAUUCAAUCAGAUAACGAGGAGGAAGAGAGGAGAGAGGAGGGUGUCGGCUACCGAGAUCCUAACGAUGCUGACAGUGAAGCGUCUGUCCUUGAUCGUCUCAGCAACGCAGGGAGUAGCAGAAGGUGCAGUGAACAGACCGCUGCGGGUGACGUUGGUAUCGGAGGACUCCCUAACACCCUUCCUGAAGUACCCUCCGAGAAGGAGAACGAGGAAGCUCAUGAGAUGCAAAAUGGAGCGGACAAGAUCGGGAGCACGGAUCGCCUGUCCCUCAGCAGUAGAGCUAGCACAAGUAGCAGUAGUUCAAGUAGACUGAGCCCAGUGCCGCAAGGGAAUUCUUUUAAGGCAUUGACUGAUGAAGUGUCUGGAACGACUGAUGAUGAUAAGAGAACUGGUAGUGAAGAAGGGAAGGUUGUAAAAGAGAGUAUGAAUACCAAAACCAUUCGCAACAAGUUGUCUUUGUUGAAUUUGAAGGAUGAGGACAAGAGGACAGUUAAAGAAGAAGAGAAGGCUGAUGUUAAAAUUGAGUGCAAAAAGAAGGCCGAAUCGAAUUUGAAUGGGAAUGGGAAAGAAGCACCUAAAGUGAACGGCACAAUGGAUGAUUCUGAUGAUAAGGCUGUAGAGCAUCGCAAGGGUAGUUCAGAAAGCGCAAAGAGUAAGGAGGAGGAGCGUCCGUUGCAAAAUGGUGUGGACUCUGAAGAUUCUAAGAAUGAAAAACUUCAUGGAGGCAACGAGAAAACUUUAAACGGGCCAACAGGGAUAGCUCCCCUUGCAAAGAUUCAUGAAUUAGGUGAAAGCCCUGUGGAAUGCAGUCCUGUGGAUGCAAAGAAAAGUAAAAACACCUCCAGCGCAGCUACGAAAGAAGAGAGCUCGGUACCUGCAACAAACAAAAACAGCUGCUCCAAACCCGGUAAUCAGGGGAAGACGAAACCCCAGCCUAUCUCAACUCAAGCUGCUGCUAAGCUGAAUGCCAUGAGUCCUCCAACCUCACCUGUUUCACCGACGAGUCGAGCCCGUGUUGCUUCUACCCUUGCCCCACGGUACCAGUCUAAGAACCAAGAAUGCUCUGUCUUGUCAUGCCUCAACCAAUUCACAGCACCUGAACUCCUGACAGGGACUAACAAAUUUGGAUGCGAAACCUGCACAAAAGCACACAAAGUGGAAGGUAAAGAGAGAGUGAAGUAUACAGAUGCCAGCAAGCAGCUUCUUAUCCAUCAGCCUCCACCAAUUCUUACUCUGCAUCUCAAAAGAUUUCAACAAGUUGGUUACAAUCUAAGAAAGAUCACCAGACACAUAGAGUUUCCUUUAAUUCUGGACGUGGCACCAUUCUGCAGCACGGCAUGCAAGAGAUACGCAAAUAGUGAGAACAGGGUACUGUACGGCCUGUAUGGUGUAGUGGAGCAUAGCGGUAGAUUACAGUUUGGUCAUUACACAGCCUUUGUGAAGGUGAGGCAACCCAAUGAGACACUAACACUCUACACUCUGGGAAUUCCUAGAACGUUAAACCUUCUCAAUGAGACGUGUGAGCGACAAAAGACGGAGAAGAACAACGAGGAACGGCUCACAAAGGAAAAGCUGCGAUCGUCUGGGAGGAAGAACGAAGAAGGCGGUGACGGUCCAGCGGGCGAGAACACGGAGAAGAAGUCAGAAUCGCAGAAUAAAACAAGCAACUCUGUCAAUCAUUUGGUUUCUGAACGCAACCAUAUACAGAGUGCGGUUCUGCCGUUUCAUGCCGGGCGCAACGUGAGCAUCCCCUCUGGCAAGUGGUACCAUAUCAGCGAUACGCAUGUCACGGAAGUGAGCGAGAAUAAGGUUUUGGGUGCCCAAGCUUACAUUCUGUUUUAUGAACGGCUUGUUUCAUAGGAGAGCUUCUUCCAUUUAUUUAAUGCAAUGCAUAUGUUUUCAAAGAUGUCCUUCUUCUGAUAUAUGUACCUGUACUCUGUUUUUAUGGUUGUAUGUACUUCAAAAAAUUGAAUGUGUUGUUUUAUUUAGAAUGGGAAUGCAUGCAUCUUUGCAUAUGAAAGUACAAACUUCCAUACACAUAGUGUGGGUAAUGCCAAUGGCAGCAGAUUUAUGUUCCAAGUUAAAUAAAACAAUUUUUUUUAAUAUGAUGUGAAAAUAGUUUAAUUACUGUAAAGCUAGGAACUUUGAUGAAUCCUUAACAUUUUCUAUUUUCACUGCAAGAAACUUCAGCAGACUGUUAACAUUUGUUUUGCCUCCACUAACGAGGGAAUAGGGUUCUGCCUACUAUUUGUUUCAAUAUUUGAUCGGAUAAUGUGGAAUAAUUGAAACCAAAGUAUAAAGAAGCUGUCCAGUUUUCAGUACACUAUAUCUGGGCAGUCGAUAGAAGACAAAAUACUGUCAAAUGCUUUGAAUAAUGUGCAAGUGAUAAUAAUUUGUAUUUAACACACAUUUUAUCAUGUGCCAACUUGACAUCAACACUUGAGUACUUUAUUGCCAACAAAAAUGCAUUUUUUAUUUUAUAAAAACCCUCAUUUUUGCUUCCUCCGUUUGAUUAUAAAAACAAUAAAGUGUCUUUUGAGUAUGUUGAUGCGCUGCUUCUCAGAUGAAUCAGUGAAAAGUAGCCUUUUAUAAAUUGUUCUUAUAUUAUUCUUGUAUUUGGUAUAAGAAAGGGUAUUUGUGAAGUUGGAUAUGUUGAUGUAAAUACAUGUACUGCAGCUGAAUUGUCAAUAUAUGAGUUCAAAAUCUUUUAUCUGUGACUUUCUUACCUCAGAAUGAUACUGUAGCCCUUUCACGUAUCUCUAGAACUAGAACUAGAAUGGCUCAUUUAUCUUUACUGCAACUGACACCCCUCAUCCACUAUAUUUCUACUCCGCAAAUCACUGUUUUGUGAAUUCUUUGGCCUGUUUGUGAUGAGAGGUGUUAAAGUAUAGAAGGGAAGUAGAACAGAAAAUUUUAACAUUUUCAGCCCUUCUGGUCAUUCAUUAUGUAGACAAAUGAGCAAUAGUUGUAAUACAGAAAAUCAAAUCAGCGGCCCCUUAAAGUAGAAAAGACAUAGCAUAUGUUUUGAUGCCCCCUUUGUAAAAUAUUUGCACGCAAGCAUUCAAUAUAUUGUAGUACCUUUAUGAAAUAUUACUUCAACGUUUGUGUUUUAUAAGUAUUUAUCAUCAAGCUCUUUUUGUGGAAAGCAAGUGGAAUGAAAGGAGAUCAAUGUACCCGAGGAGAGUUUAUUUUCUGAGAUUGAAAUGCCAUAAAGCCAUAUUACACUUAGGCUUUGAAAAUAUAAUUUUAAAAAUGUAAAAAGAUUUUACAAAUGUUAUGUGACUCUGAAUUUCAACUCAUAAGAAAAAAAAAGAGUUUUACUUUUACCUAUUAGGACAAUCAAGAUUUCUGUACAUGUACAUGUAUGAGAUCCCUUAAUUAUUAUGAUACAUAUAUUCUAAGAGCUCAUUAAUUCAUUAAUGCAUAGAACUCCAUUCUAUAUUUUGUGGGUAAUAUUGGUAUAUCUUUGUCUAUGGGGAGUACACGUAGUGAAUUAAGUCUAACGUAGAAUAUUUCUCACUUUGCUUUUUCUUGGGUUUAUGGUAUCGUUCCUGUUCUGUAUAUCUAUAUAUCUCAUUUUAACUUUCUCAUAUAUUUUCUUUUUUCAUGAAUGUGAAUCACAAGUCACAAAUCUUGUAUUAUAAUUAUUCU